UGUACAAAUCUAAUUGGAGAUUAACUGUGGAUAUUGAUUCGAAAGUAGUUCGUUUAAAGGUCGAUUUUUACUGCCCUGACUGCUAACUGUUGUUUCUCAGAUUUCUCUCCGUUUGUUCUAAUCCGCGACUUGAUCUCCUUCUCCAAAUCUUCAAAGGUAUUGAAAUGGCAGAAUCAAAGACAUUGAGAAAGCCUAUUUUCACCAAGGUGGACCAACUUCGCCCGGGGACUAGUGGUCAUACUCUUACGAUCAAGGUUGUCAAUACAAAGAUGGUAUUUCAGAAGGGUCGUCCUGAUGGUCCUCAAGUUCGUCAAAUUCGGAUUGCUGAAAGCUUGGUCGGAGACGAGACAGGAAUGAUUAUCUUUACAGCAAGAAAUGAACAAGUUGACUUCAUGAAAGAAGGUGCUACCCUAACUCUUCGAAAUGCAAAAAUUGACAUGUUUAAGGGGUCGAUGAGGCUUGCAGUGGACAAGUGGGGUCGUGUUGAGGUCGCUGAACCCGAUAGUUUCAAGGUGAAGGAAGAUAACAAUCUGUCUUUGAUUGAAUAUGAGCUCAUUAAUAUUGUUGAAGAAUAACCUUUGACCACCAACCCACUCCGGAUGGUGUUCACAUUGCUUCUGAAGAAGAAAAUCUGCUCUGGUAAACAUGUUACUCUGAUCUCAUCUUUGAAUAAGCUUAUGAAAGUUCGGUUCUAAAAUCAUCUUGAAGUUGCUUCUCGCCAUUGCAGCAAAUCCAGCAGAACCUUUGGUUGGGAACAUCAAACAGUUGGUGAUGGCUACUUGCUUUCAUUUGUUACUUUAAACUGUGUUUUUGGCUUACAAAUUAUACUUAGGUAGUUCAAUAUCAUGAAGUGUAUGCCUACAUGCUUCAUUUUAGUCUCGAAAAACUGUGCAUCCUGUCAUGGUGGUAUAAUUUUUUGUGCUGUAAACGUGUUUAUGCUACUUUUGUAUUUAUUUUACUUUUUGGCAUAUUAAUAGCUUGUUAAAUGAA